CAAGGUGAGAUCAGUUUAGCUGCAGCAGGAAGACCGGCGGGGUUCCUCCAGGGAAUGGGAAGUGCUCGUCAUUAUCCAAAGUAGGUCCGACUCCGCGGCAUAUUUUAACCAAUGAACUUAUCGGAUCUCCUGUGAUCGAUGUUCAGCUGUGACCAAUGGCCGCUCGAUAAAGUUUGGGGUCGGGAUCGCGAAAGAAACUUUUCUGUGUUUGGGCGCGUUCCCCUCUCCUGGCCCGGAUUGUAACGACUGCCCGAAGCUGCUCUCCCUUUGUGGCCCUUCGAUGCGCUCGUGGUUUAGGUGUAGUGCCCGUAGUUUGUCGCUAUUCAGCCGACGGGGUUGGUGAUGGAUGCGGACUCAGUGAGCUGAGUUCCGUGAUUUCCAGCCGCCCUUUGUGCCCGCCACCACGCCGUCCACCCGACUCUUUGUAACCGGCACCGAGGGCUGAGCUCCCUCCUUAACUCUUGCCCCGGUACUUCCAACCCGGCUUCAUCAUGUCUCGGUUCCUGUUCUGUGUCCUGGCGCUCGCUCUGUUUUGUCUCCCCUCUCGGCCUGAGCUCCAGGCGCCGAGUUGCUCCCAGGUGAUGAGAGUUUACAGCCCGCGGGAACUGAGCGGCGGCCCCUCCGGGGAGGUGACGGGUGUACCUACCUCCCUGUAUUGCCUGUCAAGCAACACCUCAGCCUGCCAAAUGAUCUGGAGUUCAUCCAGCUUCAGCUUCAGUUCCGAAACAUGGUCUGUAAGAAGCAUGGUCUGCACUUUUUUGCGGUGUAAUAAGCUGAAGGUCUGCUCACAGCUCUAUACUUGCUGUACGUCUGAAAUGGAGGACAAACUCAACCUGCAAAGCCAACAAGAGUUUAGCAAAACAGUUUUGGAGACCUGCAAUACCCUGCACUCAACCUUCGCCUCUAGAUAUAAGAAAUUUGAUGAAUUUUUCAAGGAGUUAUUGGAUAAUGCUGAGAAAUCCUUGAAUGAUAUGUUUGUACGUACUUACGGCCAGGUUUAUAAGAAAAACUCUGACGUGUUCCAGGAUCUGUUUAAGGAGCUGAAGAAGUACUAUCUGGCUGGAAAUCGAAACCUGGAAGACAUGUUGAAUGAUUUUUGGGCUUGUCUCCUAGAGCGGAUGUUUCAGUUGAUGAAUCCUCAGUACCAUUUCACAGAAGAGUACUUGGAUUGUAUUAGUAAAUAUACAGAACAGCUGAAGCCAUUUGGAGAUGUGCCCCGCAAACUGAAGCUUCAAGUGACCAGGGCAUUUAUUGCUGCUCGAACAUUUGCACAAGGCCUUCGAGUUGCAAGAGAUGUAGUGAGCAAAGUAUCCAUAGUCAAUCCAACAAGAGAGUGUGCUGAUGCGUUGUUGAAGAUGACAUAUUGUCCACGUUGCCAUGGGUUACUUGCAGUUAGACCAUGCAACAAUUACUGUCUCAACGUCAUGAAGGGUUGUUUGGCCAAUCAGGCAGAUCUGGAUAUAGAGUGGAACAAUUUUAUUGAUUCAAUGCUGAUGGUUGCAGAGAGAUUGGAAGGACCAUUCAACAUUGAAGCAGUCAUGGACCCCAUUGAUGUUAAGAUUUCUGAUGCAAUCAUGAACAUGCAGGAGAACAGUAUACAUAUCUCUGAAAAGGCAUUUCAGGGAUGUGGAAAACCCAAGUCUCAACCUGUGAGCCGUUUGACUCGAUCCAUAACAGAUGGGUUUAAUCCAAGAUUUCGCCCCUACAGUCCUGAAGAGCGUCCUACAACUGCAGCUGGCACAAGCCUUGACAGACUGGUGACAGAUGUAAAAGAAAAAUUAAAGAAUGCAAAGAAGUUCUGGUCAGCCCUUCCAUACAGUAUGUGCAGCCACAAUGACUCAGCAGGUGUGGUUGAGCAAGAUGAAUGUUGGAAUGGCAGUAACAGCAGCAGGUACAAUUUUCCAGUGGCAGGUAAUGGCCUUGCUAACCAGCUCAAUAACCCGGCUGUUAAAGUGGAUAUUACCAAACCAGACAUGGUGAUUCGGAGGGAGAUAAUGGUGCUGCGAAUAAUGACUAAUAAAAUUAAAAAUGCCUAUCACGGAAAUGAUGCAACAUUUCAAGAUGCAGGUGACGAAGGUAGUGGUGAAGAAAGCGGCAGUGGCUGCUUUGGGUUUGAUUGUCACCUGGAGUUUGAGUUCACCAGCACUGAUAUUCCUCAGUUUGCUGCUCCCAUAGAGCCAAGGAAAAUACUUCCCAUUAACUCUGCUUGCAGCAGUGAUCCCUCUCUGUUGAUUCUGUUAGUUAGCUGUUUGGUUAUAAUCUUACACCUGAGGUUAAGAUAAUCACACAAAGUUACAAGAAAGAGUCUCACAAAAUAGAUUUUUUAAAAUGAAGAACUAUUCUCCUUUAUGCCAGCUGAUGACAACAGUCAAUUGCAAACUUCUCUUAAAAUUUCAUCAGUGAUGUUUGUUGCUUCAAUUGCCAUCACUUUAUCUGCGUCAUCACGUUCAAUCACACAGUCCACUAGGCUUCCAACCUGUAGUUAUGUGAACACUAAUUUAGUAAAUCUUUAAGGCAUUUUUUAUUUGCUUUUUACCUAUUUAAAGAAACAAGGUUGUGUGCAAGAAAAUACAUAGCAACUUUCAUUGAAUAAUGUGGUUAAGUAUCUGUACAGAAGCAAACUUAUUUAUCUCGAAAUCACUUGGGUAUUGAUGCACAAAUGUAAUGGUUAUGUUGUCAAGCCUAGUAUAAUUUUAGGGAGGUAGUUAUAUACAGUUGCACAGUAAUUAGAGCUGUGCUUGUUGAGCCUUUUCAUAAAGGAACUUGUUGGGUCUGGAAUUUUUUCAAACAUUUGUUGUAAAGAACCCAGCCACCAGAACUGAAUCCAAUAUUAACAGAGCUUGAUGUUAAAGUCAUUGGAUUUUGUUUUAAGCGAGCUGAAUCUGGAAAUUAAAUUUCAAGAUUGCUGAUUUGUUAAUCCGUCCUUGAGUUAAACUUGUCAGCAGCCUGAGCAGCUUCCUGCAGUUUGACGGUCAGUAAAUCAUCAUACUGACAUUGUUUCUAUAUAAUAAAAUCUGAAGGCAAUAUUUCACCUAUAUACAUUUUAGUUUUCAUUGUAAUGUUAAUUACAUUUUAUAUCAAAAUUUUCAACUACUUGUAAUUGCCAACUCAGGGUCAGUACACUACUUUAGAAAUUCACAAUAACAAAAAUCUGAAUGAUACACCUUUUCUGUUUAGAAAUCAUCGGGGCUCUUCUUUAUCUGCAGUUUACCAGUUAAAGUAGUGCUUUUUGUGUGAUAGUAUAUUGUAUAAAGCAGAGCCACAGCUGAGUUAGCAGAAUGUGUUGUGUAAGGUUUUGUGUUCCUUAGAUCAUGUAGAAAUUAGUUUUGGCUUUCUGUAAGGGAAAGAAUUGUCUGAAAUAUCCACUCAUUAGCUGAAAUUCAGCUGGAACACCAGCGAAGUUAUGGCGUCAUUCUGCGGGACAGAUAGCUGCAACCAUCCUUUGAUCAUGUCAAGCUUGUAAAUUUUGCUUUUGGUCAUCUUGUAAACCUUAUAACCCAGUAAUUAUAUUUUAAAAUACACACAGCUGUACUGAUUGUCAGUUUUGUUUUUAUUAUGAUUUUAAGUGCGAAGUACAAAGUGCUUUGAUGUGUUGAAAAAUAUUAAUGAAGAUUGUUGCUUUAUUCAUGGUCGAGCACCUGUACAGUGGGAAUAUCAGUAUGGAAUGCAGCUGAUUCUUAAGUAAAUGUCUAAUAUCAAAUUUGAGUAUUUGAAUCACUGUAUUGAAACCACAGAACUUCUUGAAUACAGAUUUGUAAUCUACAGUUAUAUUCACUGAAAAUGUGAUUUAACAUUUCAUACAUUAAAACUGGUUUUAUUUAUGUAAC